UUUUAGUUGUGUGAAAGACAACAAGUUACACACAAGUAACACAACGCCCUCGCUCCUCCUAGACUCUUAAACCAGGUCCAGCCCUACCACCUUCGUCUUCACCUCAAAAAGUUUUGAAUCACCAUCCUCAAGUGAAGGAAAUCUCGAAGCAACUCUUGGGUGAAGAGAAAUUUGGAGGGAUAAGAGAAGAUGUCAAGCAAUCCAUCGCAGCUACUCCCAUCGGAGUUGAUUGAUCGGUGCAUAGGAUCAAAGAUAUGGGUAAUAAUGAAGGGUGACAAGGAGUUGGUUGGAACCCUUCGGGGAUUUGAUGUUUAUGUAAACAUGGUCCUUGAAGACGUCACUGAAUAUGAAAUAACUGCCGAGGGACGACGAGUUACGAAGCUUGACCAAAUACUGCUUAAUGGAAACAAUAUUGCCAUCCUGGUCCCCGGUGGCUCCCCUGAUCCAGAGUAAGAGGUUGAUUCUGAUUAUUAAUAGGUACAAUGAGAAAUUUGGAAAUCAAAGUAAACUGAUCAUGAGCUGUAGGAUAAAUGUGGAAACCCAUAUUAGAAAACAUUGUACUAUGCUUAAAGAGUUAAAUGCUUCUAAGAGAGGAGGGAGGGGAUAUAUUUACUACUGUCAAAUUGUAGAUGUCUCUUAUUUAUGUUGUUGAUAAUUAGAUUUAGUUAGACUUUUAUCCACUGUUUUGUUUUUGCUCUUCAA